UUUACAUUUAUUUUAGUUUCAGACGAGUUUAAAACCAAAUACACAGAAUCUGAUAUAUUUUAAUUAAUGCAAGCUCAUGCACUACAUGUUGAUAAAAGUCACAUCUACACAAUUCCCUCGACAAUUCAUUUCUACAUGUACACAACACGCAUGCAUGCACGCACAAACAUAGAGACACACAGUCAGAACAAGUACACACAGAUUGCAGAUUAUAUAUUGUGGACUUGUAUUAAGGGAUAAACUGAGAGGAUAAAGUCCUUUCCCAAGCAGCCUCCCUCUGCCACAGCACGGACCAAACAGCCAGAGAGGGAGAGUGAAGGAGAGGGGGAGUCUGCAGACCUUAAGCACUCACGCAAAGACGGAAAGGUAUUUCAGUUUGUGCUGGUCUCAUUAGGGGCAUCUUCACCUAAACACAACAUGGAUUUGGAAUCGGUGUAUGAGAUCAUAGGGAAGGAGAAUGUGUAUCUAUACGGCUUUGCCACUUUUGUGGUGCUGUGGGCACUGAUCUGGCUCUACCGCGACAGCAUAGAGGUCGACAACAUCUCCGAGAAGUACGUCUUUGUCACCGGCUGUGACUCUGGCUUCGGGAACCUGCUCAGCAGAAAGCUGGACCGCAGAGGCUUCCGGGUCCUGGCUGGCUGUCUGACGGAGAAGGGGGCGGACGAUCUGAAGAGGGCGACAGGGCCCAACCUGAAGACUGUGCUGUUGGACGUGACCAACACUGAUAGCAUCAACAAGGCCAUGGAGUGGACCAAGAAGGAGGUUGGCGACAGGGGCCUGUGGGGCAUCGUGAACAACGCGGGCCGUGCCUUACCCAUGGGGCCCUCUGAGUGGAUGACAGUGGAGGACUUCCACAGUACCCUAAAGGUCAAUAUGAACGGAACUAUCGCCAUGACGAUGAUCUUCCUGCCGCUCAUCAAGAAGGGCAAAGGUCGCAUCGUGAACGUGGCGUCGGUGCUGGGCCGGGUGGCCGCCAAUGGCGGUGGUUACUGCAUCUCCAAGUUUGCUGUGGAGUCAUUCUCCGACUGCCUCAGGAGGGAUAUCAGCUACUUUGGGAUCAACGUGUGCAUCAUUGAACCAGGCUUCUUUAAGACCCAGGUGACCAGUCUGGAACCCAUUGAGAGAGAACUCCAUCGCCUGUGGAACCAGCUAACCCCCGAAGUAAAGGCCAGCUAUGGAGACAAAUACCUGGAGAAGUACAUCCAGAUCCAGCGCCUGAUCAUGAACGCGGUGUGCGACUCGGACCUGAGUAAGGUCACCAACUGCAUGGAGCACGCUCUGACGUCGGCCCACCCGCGCACCCGCUACAGCGCGGGCUGGGACGCCAAGCUUCUGUGGAUCCCCCUCUCCUACAUGCCCUCCUUCGUGGUGGACAUCGGUCUGAAGCUGGUGAUGCCUCGUCCGUCCAAGAGUGUGUAAAGUGCAAGCGCUGCCGUUGCCGUCGGCGUGGGUGGGAAGGCCCAGUGAGCAGGACAGGGCCCACUCUGAGGGCGUUCAGUGUUGAGAAUUUCACACCCAGGAUUUCACUCUGCCCGUAUGUUUUUAUUUGUCGUCAAAUCAAUUGCAGCGAAUCAACUCUUUAGAACAAUGUCUCACUGCACACCCAGAGGUAGCGUGCCUAUAGCCAGCCAACAGGAUGGUGCAUGAGUGGACCAUUACAUCAUCAUUCUUCUGCAUUGUGCCUGGAUGCUCUUCCGAACCAUAUGCCUAUACAUGUGUAACACAAUUGGCUUCAAUUUGAUGGAAUUUUGCUCUAGUACCCAUACUUCUCAGAGAUUUCUUAAGAAAUUGUUUCAAUAUUUUGUGAGUUUUGCUAAAGUAAUGUCAGAAUUACAGUGAUUAUUUGACAAACCAUGCUCCAGACAAUUUGUGAGUGCAUUGUUUACAGUACAAAAGCACAGAACAGGUAUAGUUACACAUUAACUUGUAUUGAAUUGAAACUUAUUUGUGCAAGAAUGCAUAUAUGCAAAAUACAUUAUGUAAAUUGUAAUGUCUAAUUUUGUAUUAGCCCCCUUUGAGGAGAUCUACACAAUCCUGUAUUUGUGGAUUAUUACGCUGUGUAAAUAACCAGCUGGUUGAUCCCGUGCCUUUUUGACACCGUUAUUUAUGUUGUUUAGUAUGUUGAGCAGUAUUGGCCACUGUCAGGGCCACACUAAGUGUCAUCCUCAAGCAGUGUUGUCUCCUUGGAGGGCACUGAUAGACGCGAACUUUAAAUAAAGGUGUCGUUGUUGAAAGAACUGAUGGCCCUUGAACACAGCUGUUAAAAUAAAUACCGAAU